ACUUAAGCGCCGCAUCGUUCAUUCAUCAUGGCUAAGAAGCGAGAUCGCGACUCAAAGGGCCAAGGGGCCCCUCUUAAAAAGAAACAGAGAGUCGACAAUGUGUCCAACGACGCCGUCGUUGCGUUGGACGAUCUUGAUUGGAAAGCGGUUGCUCUCCCAGACCGACUGGACGAUGCAGAAGGUUUCUUUGGGUUAGAGGAGAUUGAUGGGGUUGAUAUUGUGCGACCUGAAGGAAAGGGAGAGAUUAAAUUCAAGGCUGCCGGAAACAAGCCUACGAAGUCCAUUCUGAAGAAAAAUAUUACCCCCAAGGAAGACGAUACGAACUACGAUGACGAAUGGUCUGGAUUCAGCGAUGGUGAAACAAAGGAGAAGCCUGCUCAGGAUAUGGACGAGGCCCACGAGGAUAAGGCCGGGGCAGACGACUCGAAGGAGAGCAAACAGUCAAAGAAGAACAAGAAGGAAAAGCAGGAAAAGAAAGAAAAGAACCAGAAAAAAGGCAAAGAAAACGACACGAAGCGGAAUGAUCGUGGCCUCCAGCCCAGUUUAUCCUUCGCUGCUCUCGAGGACAUGGAAGAGGACGGCGUGGAUGUCUCUGCCUGGGAUCCGCUUGGAUUGUCACCCGAACUGCAAACAAGUCUGUCGAAGCUCAAGUUCGCGACACCGACAGCUGUACAAAAGUCUUGUAUACCACAUAUCCUGGACGGUCAUGAUGUUGUGGGCAAGGCCUCUACGGGUUCAGGAAAAACAUUGGCUUUUGGUAUCCCCAUCCUUGAACAUUAUCUGAGCCAAAGAAGAAGCAAUCCCACGGACCAAAAAGACGAAAAGAAGACAUACCCUAUCGCCCUCAUACUUUCUCCCACACGAGAACUGGCUCAUCAGCUAGCUAAGCACAUUGGAGACCUGAACACACACGCACCCGACACUAAUGCUCGUAUCGCGCUUCUAACGGGAGGAUUGUCGAUCCAGAAACAGCAAAGAUUGUUGGCGAAUGCAGAUAUCGUUAUUGGUACUCCCGGACGAGUAUGGGAGAUUAUGAGUACUGGACAGGGUCUCAUCCACAAGAUGCAGAAGAUCAAGUUCUUAGUCAUUGACGAGGCAGACAGACUUCUCAGUGAGGGCCAUUUCAAGGAGAUUGAGGAGAUCAUAAAUUCGCUCGACCGGAAGGAAGAGAAUGGGUUCCCUGAAGAGGAGGCAAGUUCUGAUGAUGAGGAAGAGGAGGAGGAGGAUCAGCGCCAGACUUUGGUCUUUUCGGCAACAUUUCACCCCGGGUUGCAGCAAAAGCUAGCAGGCAAAGGACGCUUCUUCAGUGGUGACCUGCUGGACCAGAAGGAGUCCAUGGAAUAUCUGUUGAAGAAGUUGAACUUUAGAGAAGAACGACCGAAAUUCAUCGACGUUAACCCUAUCCAGCAGAUGGCAGAAGGCUUAAAAGAAGGGAUCGUGGAGUGUCCAGCAAUGGAAAAGGACCUGUAUCUAUAUACUCUCCUCCUCUACCAUCCAAAGCAUCGCACAUUGAUCUUCACCAACUCUAUCUCCGCUGUACGCCGACUCACCCAAUUCCUCCAAAAUCUAAACCUACCUGCUCUCGCUCUGCACUCUUCAAUGGCUCAAAAAGCCCGUCUCCGCUCCGUUGAGAGAUUCUCGUCACCAUCGUCAGACCCUAGCUCCAUCCUCGUCGCCACAGACGUUGCCGCCCGCGGUCUCGACAUUAAAGGCAUUGACUUUGUUAUCCACUAUCACGUUCCUCGCACAGCUGACACAUACGUCCACCGAUCCGGCCGUACUGCUCGUGCCGGCGCACAAGGAAAGAGUGUCAUCCUCUGUGCCCCUGAAGAAGUCGUCGGCGUGGCCCGUCUAGCCGCGAAGGUUCACACAGACGCCAAGGCAUCCAACACCAAGCGCCUCCCUCUGGAAUCCGUUGAGCUCGACCGCCGUAUCGUGGCUCGCGUCCGUCCUCGCGUAAAUCUCUCGAAACGAAUCACCGAUUCUACCAUUGCCAAAGAAAAAAUCAGCUCUGAAGACAACUGGCUCCGCGCAGCGGCCGAGGAUCUCGGCGUGGACUACGACAGCGAAGAAUUCGAAGCUACAGGAAAAGGCAAAGGUCGUGGUCGCGGUGGUGGUCGCCACGAACGCGAGAAAAAGGCCGGUAGCGUCACUAAAGCCGAAAUGGCCGGUAUGCGCGCUGAGUUGAAGCAAUUGCUUUCACAGCGUAUCAAUAUAGGUGUUAGCGAACGGUAUCUCACUGCUGGACGCGUUGAUAUUGAGGCUCUGCUCCGCGGGGAAGGCAACCAGGCGUUUCUGGGACCGGUGGAUAAGUUGGAUUUCUAGUCUUAAAAGAGCGGGACAGACUCUUGUUCUAGUCCUUUUUACUGUAUGUAUAUAUAUAGACAAUGACCCGUAACUAGAAUCCCGAAAAUAGCGCAGGUUAAUUUAAAAGUCACGAAA